UAGCUAGAAACAAAAGUGACAAUAUGUAGAUUGCAAUGUGGAGCAGAAACUUUCAGACUCCACAUAGAAAUGAUAUAUUUUUAUAACAUGCUUUAAUUCACAGAAAAUUUCUAGGAAAUUGUUGUUUUAUUUAGUUUUUUUAGCACUGUGGUAAAUAUCGAGUAACAGAGAAGCCAGUAGCCGUUUCCCCGAAGCAUAAUUGCAGAGGGAUCAUCGUAAAAUGUUAGUUCUCUGACAUCCUCAGGAAAGGGGAUGUUCACCUGCAGGAAUGCUCGACAGACACAGACCCUCCAGAGGGUAAUUCAAGUCGCUACUGAUGUAACUCAAACAGCUGGAAUGUUCAGAGGCUAACGUAUUCGUGGUGAAUUCGUGGUGUGUUUGUGCAUUCGGACAGCCUUCUGGCUCUGACUACUGAUUUGGGACAAGCUGAACUACUGGUGCCAUGUCUUUCCCCCAUCGCUGUGAUACUGUGUGCUAAUGACACGGUCCAUUUGACAGAGGAGUGAUGCGCGCCUGACUGAGUUGGUGUCCUUUUGGGAUAAAAAGCUCCAGAGAGAAAGACGCACAGGCCAGUCCUGAUGGCAGGCUCUUGGGGCUCAGCCAGCAGUGGACACUGGCUUUAGGCCACAGGCCCCUCGCUUCAACCAGGAACAUUUCACAGGACGUGUGCCCAUGAGGUCGUCGACGCUGGUCCUGCUCUCCCUGAUCAGCGUCCAGGCUGCACUGAACAUGUGGGGCCACGCCCAGGCACAGGGGCCAACCAAUCAGAAUGCAGGAAAGGGGCACUCGUCCAGGCCCUACAGCCACUCCCCGCAAGACUCCACCUACGAUGACCUCAUCCCCACCGUUGACCCCAAACUCUUCAAUAAGCAUCGCUACCGUUCACCCCGGGUCCUUUUCAGUGACGUGGCCCCCUCCGACAGCGAGAUGGCGGGCUCCCGCAGUGCUCGAGUGCGGCGGAGGGCCAACGAGUUCCUUCACCGGGGUGAGUACUCCGUGUGUGACAGCGAGAACCACUGGGUGGGCAACCUGACCCGCGCCACAGACUUAGCGGGGAACGAGGUGACGGUGCUUCCUGACGUGCGCAUAAACAACGUGGUGAAGAAGCAGUUCUUCUACGAGACCACGUGCCGCGUGAGCCGGCCCAGUGGGGCGACACGGGGCCGUGGGGCCAGCGGGGUGAAGGCCGGCACCUCCGGCUGCAGAGGCAUCGACAACAAGCACUGGAACUCGUACUGCACCAACACACACACGUACGUGCGGGCGCUGACGUCCUUCAAGAACCAGAUCGCCUGGAGGCUCAUCCGCAUCAACGCCGCAUGCGUCUGCGUUCUCAGCCGAAAGUCAUGGAGGCACUGACCGACCGACGUGCGUGCGUGAUGUUUCUCAACAAAGCCUCACUCAUCCGCCCCUCCAGUACAAAACUACAUACUGCCAAUACAGUGUAUCAGACUCCCCCCCUUAUUUUCUUCAUGUAUGACACCCCAGCCCCUCCCACCCUACCUCACACUGUAAAUUAUUGGUCUUUUAAGUUAUGACGACUGCAUGACAUAUUUAUAUAGUUUAUACAGUCAAAUUCUAAAUAUGUAUGUGU